GAUAAGCGUGCACUAAUAUUUUAACUUUAGAGCCGAUACUUACUUACAUUUUGAGAACGUCUUAUCAUUAAUUACUUAAUUACAUAGAAAAAUAAAAACACGGAGUCUGAUAUAUUAUAAGAAUAGUAUAAAGUUGAGAGCAAACUGGAAUUUAUAACAGUACGUCCAAUACGCUCACGCGGUGAGGUUAUUAUUGUACAAUGGAGUGUUUACCAACAAACUCUUUAUUAGAAUUUCAUCCAAAUACUCUGCUAAGCAUAAGGAAGACACAUGGAUUGGACGCACCAGGACAAAUGAAGGAAUUGGUAGAUGAAUUCGAAGAGUGGGUGAAAAAUCAAGACCAUUUUGUAAAGAAAGAUUUCUCGACACUGACUGCUAACGUCAACACCGACGACACCGUGCAGUUCAGUUUCGUUUCAUUGCCAGAAAACAUGCUGCAGUCUAUAGUUUGGAAGCAAUGGGAGAAAGAUACAAGUGAAAGACUGAAACUGUCACUGCAUCAAGAUAACACUGAUGAAGUUUUUGCUAAGAUCAAGGAGGAGUAUCCAAAAUAUGUCGAUCAUGUGCAUUUGAAAAGAGUACAAAGCGCCGAAUUUGAGAAGGAUAAAAAAACACGCCACUACCUAGAAACUAUUAUAAUAAAUAGCAAAGGAUCUUUGGAUAAAGCGAAAACUCGCCUCACCCGAAUAUGUUCAUACAGAACAGAAAAACCGUACUACUUUGGGAAUUACGAUAUUAAAAACGAUUUUAAGGAAUUUGAUGGUGUAAUUCACGUUGCUAUUCUACCGAAAUUGACAAAGGACCAUUGCAGAAUGAUUUUUAUAAAAAACUCUUGCAAAAAGUAUCAGUCCGAUGUUAUCGUCCAAUUUCUUAGAAUGGCUAUAAUGAUCCUCGACUACAUGAAAUGCCACGAUUACAGUGACGGCGUUAUAUUUAUUGUAGAUCUAAUGGAUUGUAGUUUAUUGCAACUGAUACGUAGACUAAGUUUUGAAGAAUUACGAAAAGCAGAAAAGAUUCUUAUAGAUGCCUACGGAGUGAGAUUAAAAGGAGUGCAUUUUAUAAGCUCAUUAAGAACAAUCAACUUUCUGAUCUGGAUGUUAAAAAAGGUAGUCAGUAUUAAAAUCGGUAGCAGACUAUGCGCUCACCCGAACAUAAAAUCUCUAGCCGACGUUAUGCCUUUGGAGAUACUACCAAUAGAAUACGGUGGUAAUGAAAGAUCUUUGGAAAGCCUUUCUAAUGAUUGUGUCAACAUAAUGGCUUCUCAAGAAUUCAGAUCGCACAUGAUAGAAAUGACAAAUGCUCGCUUAAAAGAAACCAUUGAAGAAACUGAUAACAAACCUGAGAAAAUAAGAAAUGUAAAUAUAGAUUAAGGUUAUUAGUUUUAAAUUAACACA